GAUGUGUGCAUUGGUUUACUGAAAGAUUGUAGGCAACGUGUUGCAGCAACAUGCACCCUGAUCUUUCUCCACAUUUACACACAGAUGAAUGCAACGAACUUAUAUCUAAACUUCACGCCUGCCACAAAGAGCGCUUACAGAGGCGUGCAAGCAACAAAGCAGCAGGGGAAGAGAUGCGGAAGAAGGUAUUUGCCAAGCUUGAUGAAGGAUUUUCCUGGAAGAAUAUGUAAAUUGUAGCCUUUAAGUAUUCUUAUUCAACAACACACUUGAACACAUCUGUAUUAAGUGGUGUUACAAUUCGUAAUUCUCUGGAUAUUGAUGUUCUUCAGCUUAUUUUGAAAUCAAACAUUAACGUGUAACCAUGGGAAGUUUUGUAGAAGGUAGCAUUGAGGAGACAGUCAUGCUGGAUCUUAAAUAUCCAAGUGUGAGUGAGAGAUAUUUUACAAAAUAUUACUUCAUACCAAAGGAAAGGAAGAGAAUAGAAAACUGCAACAUUUUGAUUAAUGAUGAAGACCAAGAUUCAUCUGCAGAGAACAGUAACAAUGAGACUGAUAGUAAUGUUAUCAUUGAAGAAAAAGGGCUCCAUCGUCAUCAAUCUGGUUCGUUGAAACUCGGUGAGGAGCAAGUUUCAUCAAGCCCAGAUAGCAGUGGACAUACAUGUGUUAUGGUACAUACCAAUAAGCUGUGCCUUAUAACUCUUUCACAUCAUCACCCUGUGUUGGCUGAGAAAAAGGAGAUCACUGAGGUGAGUUACAGUGUUGGCAAAUUUAACAGAUUAGAAAACCAAGUGUCGGGUAAGGGUAAACGAGGUGCUCAGCUAAUGGGCCUUCAGUCAUCUGUGUGUAUCAUCACGUGUUCUGAUGGGACCAGGUAUAACAUCUUGGCUGGAGUUCAAGGCAAACUUGUUGAGGUGAAUGAGCGAUUAUUGACACAGCCCCAACUUGUGAGUAGCCAUCCGAAUGCUGAAGGCUACUUGGCUGUGAUACUGCCCCCACUGAGGAAUGGAGACUUCAUGCGUAGUAAACUGCUCACUGAGGACCAAUAUGAACAACUAAAUGUACAACAUUUGAAAGAUAAAGUGAACUAAGAGUGAAAAAAUAAAUAAUUUCAUCAUUUAAGUUAUUGGAAAUGUAAACGAAAUUAUAACUUUUAUCAUGAUUGCCAUAUAUUUCACUAAAUUACUUGUACAGUAUACAGUAUGUAUAAAAGAAAUAGGGUCGAGUUGUAAGUUACACUUGAAAAAUAAAAUUUGCUAAGCUCA